AUUUUGACAAGUGAUAAAGUCUGUCUUCUGCCUACAAAAGUCUGUCCGUCCGCGAUUAGCCACUCCUAUCUCGACGAUACUUAAUUAGAUUUAAUUUCAAUAAUCUGGUGCGUGAAAUGUAGUGUUUCGUUUACAAAAUUUGUGUAUUGCGAUGGCAUAGUUGUUUGUGAAGUGUUAAAAAAGAUAUCACAAUGUCUGGCCGAGGUGUGUUGAGGAAGCUGUUUUAUAAAAAGCAGCAUAAUAAAGAUGAGAGGGCGACUGAGAUCGGAAUGCCUACUAACGUUAAGCAACACAUCCAUGUAAGUAAGAAUUCGGAAACAGGAAUGUUGGAAGGUCUGCCAUCAUCAUGGUUGAGACUUAUAAAUACGCAAAUUACACCCGCGGAACAAAACGAAAACCCGGACGCGGCCAUUCAGGCCGUAAAGUUUCAUAUGUACACAAUAAAGAAGGAAAAGGCGCAGGAUGAACCGUUCAAACCUUUUGUGACAGAAGAAGCUAUCACCGAAGAGGAUUUGGAGAUAGAGAAAUUAUUAGAUAAGAAAAAUGCCCACCAAAGUCAAGACUCUGAUCUAUCUAUCGGUCAGAGUAGUGAAGAAGAUGUUGCACCUAAUGACAACUUCUCCCAAAGACAAACAAUGCCAGCAGCACCAACCAAACAUGGAUUAAAAAAGAAAGAUGCAAUGAUGGAUUUAACAGCAGUGGUUCAAGAUUUGACUUUGAUAGGAGAUGAGUCAGAGGAAAGUCCAAUUCUACGGAAGAAAGAGAUGAUGAAUGCUGCCCUCACUGAUGAAGAAGUGUACGAGGAGUUGAAAAGGAUUUGCAAUAAAGAUGAUCCUUAUGUAAGAUUUGAGAGAAUCAAACAACUUGGUGCAGGGGCUUCAGGUGUUGUGUUCAUCGCUAUAGACAGCAAGGAUAACUCCAGAGUUGCCAUCAAAGAUAUUGAUUUGACAAAACAAUCCAAAAAAGAUCUCAUACUCAACGAAAUCAAUGUAUUAAAAGGAUUUCACCACAAGAACUUGGUCAACUUCCUUGAUGCAUUCUUAAGUUAUGAUCACCUGUGGGUUGCUAUGGAAUUACUUGAUGGUGGCUCAUUGACGGAUGUUGUAACCGAAGUGGUCAUGAAAGAAGGACAAAUAGCAGCAGUUUGUCGUGAAACACUGCAAGCAGUCGCUUUUCUACAUUCUAAAGGAACUAUCCAUAGAGAUAUUAAAUCUGACAAUGUGCUACUUGGCAUGGAUGGUACAGUGAAAGUGACAGAUUUUGGGUUCUGUGCUAAUAUCGUUGGUGAUGAAAAGAGACAAACUAUGGUUGGUACACCAUAUUGGAUGGCACCGGAAGUGGUGACAAGGAAACAGUAUGGGAAAAAGGUGGAUGUUUGGUCAUUGGGUAUAAUGGCUAUAGAGAUGAUUGAAGGAGAACCCCCGUAUAUGAAAGAGACACCACUACGUGCAUUGUAUUUGAUAGCAGCGGUUGGUAGACCGAAGAUUCCGAGAUGGGAAUCUUUGUCGCCUGAUUUUCAAGACUUCUUGGACAAAUGUCUGCAAGUCGAUGUGGAUUUAAGGGCGACUGCAGACGAAUUACUCGCUCAUCCGUUCCUCGAAUGCGCUAUGGAACUGAAGACGUUAACACCAUUGAUAAAAGCUGCUCAGAAAAUUCUACACAAGAGUUACGAUUGAAAUAAGGAACGGUAAUUAAAUUUCAUGUUUUAUUUCAACAGUUUCUAGUUCUAUUAUGUAAUUUCGCUGGUUAAACAUAACACAUCUGUUUACGUUAUUUGUGAGCUUAGAUUUACGAUUAGGUUAAGCAGACAAUGACAAUAUAAAUGUAUCCAGAUUGUCAAAUUCUUGAACAAAAUGUCUGUCCAUAUAAAAAUUAAGUGCCAAUGUAAGGCUUGUAUUUUAAUUAUUUCUGGUCAUUCGUACCAAAAGACUGCAUCAUGUUUGAACGGGCGGAAAGAAAUUUUUGAUAACGUUUACUCGUUUUAUUAUCGUUGUGCCGUAAUAUUAGGACACGUCAUUGUGUAAAUAUUUUCACAACGAAAUUACAUACAUCCGUCUUAGAGAGGGCAAGGACAUUACGAAAGGAUCACAAGAAUCCUAUAAACAAAAGGUAAUGUGAUAAGGAUAGUGAAAAAUCUUUUAAAUGAGUAUGUAUUGUAAUAAGGUAAUUGGUGCAAUUUAUUACUCAUUUACUUUGUUUAAAACUAUGCACACCUAUGUAUUAUUUGGUUUAAUACAAUAUGAUUUAUUAGAAGUCACGGUGUCUAAAGGUUGUUCAACCUAUAUGUAAUUACAUUUUGCUAAUAGAAAUUUAAAGAAACUACAUGCACAAUUACUUUAUCGAUGCGUGAUAACAAUUGUGCUAUUUAAAAAAAUAUCAUGUAACACAAAUGCAAAAUGGAAUUGAACUGUAAAUUACAGUUAAAAAUAUAUUUUCGCGUGUAAUAUACGUCUAAUUAUAAUUUUUAUUGUUUCUAAAUGUGUCAGGGUUUAAAAUUACUCUGGACCAAUUUACUUCGAUUAACUUGCAUUAAAUCUUUCAUACAAAUAUUAACGCUCAAAGUUGUAGGUGUAAAAAAACAAUUCAACCUUACUUCAUCCCUUUUAGGAUCAUUUUAUUACAAAAACAGUUCAAUAUUUUAUAUCAGACGUGAUUUAAUCAAAAAAGGCUGUAUAGAAAAAGUAAAAAAGUUAUUUUCACUACUUGCAGUUUCCCAGUAAACUAAUAGAGUUCGUUCUUUAUUACACACAGUAAAGAUUUUGAAGUUAAAUUCGAUGUCUAACAGUGGACAAACUCAUAUUAAUGAUAAUGAUGACUUUCGUUGGACAUAUGACUAGCUUAACCUUUCGAAUACCGAGAUUUAGCUGUUAAGCCCCCCUGCCACAUUAAGGACUCCAUAAGAUUAUAAAAACGCGAGUUAAUUUCCCUAGUCUAAUGUAAUGCGUUCUCACAUAAUAUCGGAACGCGCUCUACGAUUGUGUUUUAUCACUAAACGCAACCGAUAUGGUAUCAGCUCCUGAUAUUGAUAUUCAUACAUCACAAUACAGUAUGCGACAUUUAAGUUGGCACGCUGGGAAGAGUAAGACUUCGGCAAAGAUCGGUUGUAUUCGGUUUUGUAGACCGUUGUCUCUAUCGCACUGAUGCUGACGUAUUACGUAAUUCCGAUAGACAAGGACAACGUUUUACAGAACUGAAAUCACUUGCGUGCGCCAUCUCAUGUGUUACGUACUGUAACGUCCAUGGCGUUAUUGAAAUAAGAUAAAAUUGUGUCAUGUACAAUUGAAUGCCAUAAUUAAUUUAUAGGUAUUGAAUUUAUUCUAAAUUAGUCAUAGGUCGCUUGUUAUUUGUGCUCUUGAUUAGUGACUUAAGAGUUCUAUUUUGUAAUCGUCCAAAUUAACGAUAAACUCGAUUUUUAUAAGGUUAUUCCCAUGAAACAACACUAUUGUCGUAAAACAACUUAUAUUAUAUGGCAACAGCCUGACCUGUAAUUUUAAAAACACUACAGACCUUAUAAACUCGGAAACUGUAUUGAUUAUUAUCUCCCUUUAAUUUGAGAGAAUCUUUUAGACUAAUUUAUAUUAUUUUCUUUAUUGUUUGAAAAUCCAUUAUCACCUAACAAAUGCACAAAAAAGUAUUUGUAAAUACAAAAACUACUAUGUAUUUAACCUGACUACAGAUUCAAUGAUACAAAGUAAAGCUACCACGCAUUUUGUGAAGGGCAUUUAAGACAAUGGAAUCGUGAGGUUGAAUUAAAGUCUAUUAUCUAUAGUUCUGGAAAAACGGUUUAUUUGUAAAUGUCUAAGACACAGUUUAAUUUUAAUACAGUUAACGUACAUAAUAGAUUUUACAAUACUUUUUCAACAAAGCUUGGCAGAUGUUACAAGUUAAUUGUCUCAAAAGAUAUGUGUAGGUAGUCGGAUAAAACGUCAUUUCAUGGUCAUCGCAUUGUAAAUUCACUUAAUUGAAGAUUACAUUUGUAAUGAGACAACGUAGUUCAUUGUUAUGCUAAAGUCACCUUCAAAUUAAAGUUGCGUAAAUGAUUUCAGUACAGUGCCAGUUUGAGGGUAGUUAGAGAUUUUUAUCUAAUUGUUGACUCUAGUUUAAUAUCGGAAAGAAAUGUGAGUAUAGAUGUUUUUGUGGGAAUAACCUUUGUCUACAUGAAUUAAGAAUAAUGCGAUUUUUUUAUUAAUUUACCAAAAAUAUAUGUACAUAUAAUUAUAUUUGUAGCUAGUCCGUUAAGCGAUUUUAUAAGUGGCAUUUUGUAUACCGUUUUACCAAAUAUGUAUUUUUGUAUGUUGCAUACAAGUAUUUUGAUAAUCUAUUUCUUUUACGAUAUAUUUCUUAAGCUUAAGAUAUUCUGAUUUCCUUAUAAAAUAGAGUGGAACAAAUUUACGUAUAAUUUUACAAAUAAAUAGACUUUUCCGUUCCAACAUUAAUUUAACACAUUUAGUGUCGGUGACUGGCCUAGCGUGUUCAAUAAUUCAAUUCAAUUAUUUUUAUGACUCUCCCUUUACCAAUUCAGCCUGUGUCUUGUUAAUCUUUCGUAAGUGACUGGCACUGGGUUUCGUAGUGGCAUUGUAAGCAUACAAGUGGUCCAAAGAUAUAGUAUGCUCUUGAAUAACCUGAAGUUCAGAAAGAAGUGUGCGCACAAGAUACAUCGUAGUAGCAAGAAAAGUGUUGAAUGUCAAGUAUUAUGUUAAUUACCAUUUUUUCUGACAUUCCCUUUUUGAUUCAUGUUGUAUAGACAUCUCAAGUUAUUUUGUACCUUUCCAAAAACAACUUUCAUCGACUUUUAUUCGAAUCUCGGUUUAUAGUGUAAUCAUAGCAAUAAAAACUAUAUCACUUUACUGGAUCAAAACGGUUAAUUUUUUAGUCGUCGAUUAAAGAUGAACUGAUAAACACAUUCCGUGCUUUUAUGAUUAUUACAAUGUGUUUUUGUGUGCCUGUAUAUUUGUCUAGACUUGUUUAGAUUUCUAGACAAACUCGCUAGGCCAAUAGGUGGCAGUAAAUGUGUUAAAUGUGAUAUUUUUCAUGUAAUAAAAAUCUUUGUUCUGCAUACUUUUACAUUCUACACGCUACUGUUUUUUCAACAUUCCGGUAUCGAUUCAACUGACCAAUUAUUUAUUUUUUAUACUUCUUUACUAUUGCGUAGAACUUUUAGGUUACUUCAACAUUUUAGAUUAAAUAAUUAUUGUUAAGACUGUAUUCUGGCUAGUAAUUGUGUCUCUGAUAUGCUUAGAAAAAAAUACAAUUAUCUUCGAAGUACGUGGGAAUGGUUUUGGUUUGUUUUUAAUAAAAAACCUGUUAAUAUCCAGUCGCGAGUAAUUAUUGAAGGUCGACUGGAACACAAGAAUACUGGUUCACAUCGAAAAAUGAUAAAUGUAAAAUCUGCGUAAUUA